UUAGUGCUUCAUUGUGCACAACCUCCCCAUUUCUCCUCGCCUCUCUUGGAGCCAUGGAGAGUGUAGUACAACUAUGCUCUACCUUAGCCCUUCUCCUUUUCUUGUUCUUCUUAUUGAAGGCUACGUGGGUCACAGUCACCUGCUACUAUGUAACACCCAUGCGUAUUCGGAGAUUCAUGGCGAAGCAAGGGGUUUACGGCCCGAGGCCGCGGUUUCUCGUGGGCAAUCUCAAGGACGUCGCCGCCCUCGUCGCGAAGGCCACCGCCGCGGACAUGGAGAGCAUCAGCCACGACAUUGUCGGCCGCCUCAUGCCCCAUUACGCCCUCUGGUCCAAAAUCUACGGUAAGAGGUUUAUAUACUGGUACGGGAGCGAGCCGCGGCUGUGCCUGACGGAGACCGACACGAUCAAGGAGCUGCUGUCGUCGAGAUUCGUGCAGCUCACGGGGAAGUCGUGGCUGCAGCGGCAGGGGUCGAAGCACUUCAUCGGCCAGGGCCUGCUGAUGGCCAACGGCGCCAACUGGUUCCACCAGCGUCACGUCGUGGCCCCGGCCUUCAUGGCCGAUAAGCUCAAAGGCCAUGUUGGGUACAUGGUGGAGUGCACUAAGCAGGCGAUCAAGUCGCUCCGCGAAGCGAUGGAGUCGCGGGGCGACAGCGAGGUGGAGAUCGGGGGCUACCUGACCCGGCUGACGGGGGACAUCAUAGCGCGGACGGAGUUCGACAGCAGCUACGAGACCGGGAGGCAGAUCUUCCACCUCCUGGAGCGGCUGCAACGCCUCACCGCGCAGUCGAGCCGCUAUCUGUGGAUACCCGGCAGCCGGUUCUUUCCGAGCAAGUACAAGAGAGAGAUUAGGAAGCUGAAAAGAGAGGUAGAGGGAUUGUUGAUGGGAAUAAUACAGAGCAGAAAAGAGUGGGCAGAGGUAGGGAGGACGUCAUCGUACGGGAAAGGGCUUCUGGGGAUGCUUCUCGCGGAGACGCAGAAGCAUAAGCAAAAGCAGAAGCAGGGCCAAAAUAAGGACCAGGACGGGUUGGGUUACAGUCUGCAGCUGGUGAUGGAUGAGUGUAAGACGUUCUUUUUCGCGGGCCACGAGACGUCCGCGCUGCUGCUGACGUGGACGGUGAUGCUGCUCGCGACGAAUCCGAUGUGGCAGGAGAGGGCCCGCGCAGAGGUGGCGCAGGUCUGCGGCGGCGAUCCCCCCUCCGCCGACCAGCUCCCCAGGCUCAAUCUGCUGCAUAUGAUAAUUAAUGAGUCAUUGAGGUUGUACCCUCCCGCGACGCUUCUACCUCGAAUGGCAUUCGAAGACAUAAAGCUCGGAGACCUCCACAUUCCCAAGGGCUUAUCUGUUUGGAUUCCGGUGCUCGCGAUACACCACGACGAGGAGAUUUGGGGGAAGGACGUGCACGAAUUCAACCCCGAGAGGUUCGCGGGGCGAUCGUUUGCCCUUACUCGCAACUUCUUGCCCUUUGCUUCUGGCCCGCGUAACUGCGUGGGCCAGGCCUACGCUAUGAUGGAAGCCAAGAUCAUUCUCGCAAUGCUUCUCUCUAACUUUAGCUUCACCAUAUCGAAGAACUAUCGGCACGCCCCGAUCAACGUCCUGACCCUCAAGCCGAAGUACGGGGUGCCGGUUUACUUGACACCUCUUAGGUCGUAGAUUCUUCGGGGAAAUUGGUUGUAAAACUCCAAUUUUCCAUGUUUUCAUUUUCUCUUUUUGUCUUGUUUUCUUUUUUUCGGAAUGAGCUUGAGAAGAAUGAGACUGUUUCGCGGAGAGGAGCGUUACAUAUAUAGCUCAAAAUAGAGUGGACAAAUCUUAUAGUACUCCUUAUAUCAAAAUGCAUGGAUUCUUCCACCUUUUAUCAACUGUGUAAUCCUUUUUCUAAAGCAUAAAUUAAUUUGUUCUAACACUAAA